GUUCAACGAGAACGAGACCAUAACCAAAUACGAAAUAAUGGAUGGGGCACCUGUGAGAGGAGAAAGCAUUCCGAUCCGGUUGUUCCUGGCGGGAUACGACUUGAGUCCUUCCAUGAGGGACAUCAACAAGAAGUUCUCCGUCAAAUAUUACCUGAAUCUCGUGCUGGUGGAUGAAGAGGAGAGACGAUAUUUCAAGCAGCAA